AUCAAAACCGGCUUUAUAGCUGAUUUUUAGGUGAAUCCAGAAGAAAGAUGUUGCGCUUUAAUCUUAUAGUGGCAGUGUGUGAGAAUUUCGGGAUUGGAAUCAAGGGAGAUCUGCCAUGGCGCAUUAAAUCUGAGCUAAAGUACUUUAGUCGCACCACCAAGCGGACUAGUGAUCCUACGAAGCGCAAUGCCGUCGUGAUGGGCAGGAAAACGUACUUUGGGGUACCGGAAAGUAAGAGACCUCUGCCCGAUCGCCUCAAUAUUGUGCUAAGCACCACGCUUCGACAGGAGGAACUGCCGCAAGGCGUCCUUCUUUGUCCCAGUCUGGAGGCGGCCAUGAAGGUCCUGGAGCACGAGAGCGAGGUGGAGAACAUUUGGAUCGUGGGCGGAAGUGGGGUAUAUGAGGAGGCCAUGGCCUCACCCAGAUGUCACCGGCUGUACAUCACCAAAAUCGAAAAGCAGUUCGAAUGCGACACCUUCUUUCCUGCAAUCCCAGACAGCUUUAAGGAGGUGGCUCCCGACUCCGACAUGCCGCUGGGCGUUCAGGAGGAGAAUGGCAUCAAAUACGAGUACAAGGUCUUGGAGAAACAGCCGUAAUAAAGAAAACCACCAAUUUA